AGCAGCCACCCAUACCCCUUAUAUAUAUAUAUAUAUACAUACACUCAUCUAACUCAAUUCCACCAUUCAACCAACCAACUACCUAACUAUUUCACUCACCUCAACUGUACUUAGGGGGAACAAGUUCAUUCUCCAUCUCCAUUUAAUCAAGAAUAUACAUACUUGAGGUCUCAAUUAAACCAGCAGAAUGGCGACUGGACAACUUUUCUCCAAAACUACACAAGCUUUGUUCUAUAACUACAAGCAGCUUCCUAUCCAACGGAUGCUCGACUUUGAUUUCCUUUGUGGGAGAGAAACACCUUCUGUUGCUGGAAUUAUCAACCCUGGUUCUGAGGGAUUCCAGAAACUCUUCUUUGGUCAGGAGGAAAUUGCAAUUCCAGUACAUUCUACCAUUGAAGCUGCCUGUGCUGCUCAUCCCACAGCUGAUGUUUUCAUAAACUUUGCCUCUUUCAGAAGUGCUGCUGCUUCCUCCAUGUCCGCUCUAAAACAGCCAACCAUCAGAGUUGUGGCUAUUAUAGCUGAAGGUGUUCCUGAGUCGGAUACCAAACAGCUUAUUGGUUAUGCAAAGGCAAAUAAUAAGGUGGUUAUUGGUCCAGCUACUGUCGGAGGGAUUCAAGCUGGAGCUUUUAAGAUUGGUGAUACUGCUGGAACGAUUGAUAACAUUAUUCAGUGCAAGCUUUACAGACCUGGAUCUGUGGGCUUCGUCUCCAAAUCUGGUGGUAUGUCUAAUGAAUUAUACAACACAAUUGCCCGUGUGACUGACGGAGUUUAUGAAGGAAUUGCAAUUGGUGGGGAUGUCUUUCCUGGAUCUACCCUUUCUGAUCAUGUUUUGCGCUUCAACAAUAUCCCACAGAUCAAAAUGAUUGUGGUACUUGGGGAACUUGGUGGACGAGAUGAAUACUCCUUAGUUGAAGCCCUGAAGCAGGGAAAAAUCAACAAGCCUGUUGUUGCAUGGGUUAGUGGAACUUGUGCUAGACUCUUCAAGUCGGAAGUACAGUUUGGACAUGCGGGUGCGAAGAGCGGUGGUGAAAUGGAGUCUGCACAAGCAAAGAAUCAAGCACUCAAAGAUGCUGGAGCCAUGGUCCCCACCUCAUAUGAAGCUUUUGAAGGAGCAAUCAAAGAAGCAUUUGAACAGCUGGUCUCGGAUGGCAAAACAACUCCUGUAAAGGAAAUAACGCCUCCACAAAUUCCUGAGGAUCUCAACACAGCAAUUAAGAGUGGGAAAGUUCGAGCCCCAACUCAUAUUAUUUCCACCAUAUCUGAUGAUAGAGGUGAAGAGCCAUGCUACGCUGGUGUACCCAUGUCAUCUAUUGUGGAGCAAGGAUUAGGUGUUGGUGAUGUCAUUUCUCUGUUGUGGUUCAAACGCAGUCUCCCCCGUUAUUGUGCACGUUUUAUUGAGAUUUGCAUUCUGUUGUGUGCUGACCACGGUCCCUGUGUCUCUGGUGCUCACAACUCCAUUGUAACUGCAAGGGCUGGAAAAGACUUGGUGUCAUGUCUUGUUUCCGGGUUGUUGACAAUUGGUCCCCGAUUUGGUGGUGCUGUCGAUGAUGCUGCCCGAUACUUUAAGGAUGCUUAUGACAGGGGUCUUACACCAUAUGAGUUUGUCGAAAGUAUGAAGAAGAAGGGCAUCAGAGUGCCUGGAAUCGGCCACAGGAUCAAGAGAGGUGACAACAGAGAUAAGAGAGUGGAACUACUGCAGCUUUACGCGAGGGAAAAUUUCCCUUCUGUUAAGUACAUGGAAUACGCGGUUCAGGUUGAAACCUACACACUCUCAAAGGCAAACAACCUAGUCCUCAACGUUGAUGGCGCCAUUGGUACUCUCUUCUUGGAUCUCCUUGCUGGUAGCGGAAUGUUCACCAAACCAGAAAUCGAUGAAAUAGUAGAGAUCGGUUACCUGAAUGGUCUGUUUGUGCUGGCACGUUCUAUUGGUCUUAUCGGGCACACAUUUGAUCAGAAGAGAUUGAAGCAGCCUCUAUACCGUCACCCAUGGGAAGAUGUUCUCUACACCAAGUGAAGACGCUCCCAAUAGCAGCACGCAGAAAGUCGCCUGCUUCCUAUCCAGCAUUUUAUCGAAAAGUGUUUGUUUAGUCAUUUGUUGUGAUCAUUCUUCUUGUUUUCUGCUAGUAUUUUGUACUCCUAAGAACUUGCUAAGCAUUUCUGUAAGUUGUUAUAAGAGACAACUCUUUUAGUUUCACACCAAGAGUUUCCUUCAAUUCCUAUAUAUCAAAGAAAUAACACAUUCAUUGCUCUA